AUGAGCGCCCUGGCCACGUCGGCCCCCAGCGCGUCCUGGGGGGCGCUGGCCGACGCCUCGGACGGCCCGGACCCCGAGCCGCGGCCGCUGGACGCCUGGCUCGUGCCGCUGUUCUUCGCCGCGCUGAUGCUCCUCGGCCUGGCAGGGAACUCUCUUGUCAUUUUCGUCAUCUGCCGCCACAAGCGGAUGCGGACGGUGACCAACUUUUACAUAGCCAACUUGGCGGCCACGGAUGUGACCUUCCUGUUGUGCUGCGUGCCCUUCACGGCCUUGCUCUACCCGCUGCCCGCCUGGGUGCUGGGCGACUUCAUGUGCAAGUUCGUCAACUACAUGCAGCAGGUCUCGGUUCAGGCCACGUGCGCCACUCUGACCGCCAUGAGCGUGGACCGCUGGUACGUGACCGUGUUCCCACUGCGCGCCCUGCACCGCCGCACGCCCCGCCUGGCUCUGGCGGUCAGCCUCGGCAUCUGGGUGGGCUCUGCGGCCGUGUCCGCGCCGGUGCUCGCUCUGCACCGCCUCUCGCCGGGGCCCCGCACCUACUGCAGUGAGGUCUUCCCCAGCCGCGCCCUCGAGCGGGCCUUCGCUCUCUACAACUUGCUGGCGCUCUACCUGCUGCCGCUGGCCGCCACCUGUGCCUGCUACGGGGCCAUGCUGCGCCACCUGGGCCGCACCGCCGUGCGCCCCGCGGCCACCGACAGCGCCCUGCAGGGGCAGCUGGGGGCAGAGCGAGCUAGCGCCGUGCGGGCCAGGGUCUCCAGGCUGGUGGCCGCGGUGGUCCUGCUCUUCGCUGCCUGCUGGGGCCCCAUCCAGCUGUUCCUGGUGCUGCAGGCGGUGGGCCCAGCGGGCGCCUGGCACCCGCGCAGCUACACCGCUUACGCGCUCAAGAUCUGGGCACACUGCAUGUCCUACAGCAACUCCGCGCUGAAUCCGCUGCUCUACGCAUUCCUGGGCUCCCACUUCCGACAGGCCUUCCUCCGGGUCUGCCCCUGCGCUCCCCGGAGGCCCCCGCAGCACCGGGGGUCUGGACCCUCAGACCCCACCGCCCCCCACACGGAGUUGCACCGCCUGGCCGCCCCCGCGGCGACCGCCAGGACCCAGACGCCAGGGAGCCGUGUGUGUGUCCCGAGGGAGCACACAGGCUGUGUGUCCUGAGGGAACGCGCUGCCCCUCUCUGGGCCAACUCUGGGGGAUAGAGCUGGGCCCCUCUGGGACAGGGGCUGCUUGAAGAGCAGCUGCUACUAUAUGGUUAUAAUCAAUGUCUUUAUUUCCGUGCAACAGAAUCAUAGUGAAAACGUCUUGUCCUCCUGAUGGUUCCGUACAAAUUUGCUGCUAUUGAUGUUGUAAUGAGUUAUUUCUGUAUUUCCUGAAAUUGAAUACACUUGGAUACUGGCACUCUCUGGAACUUCCCCCCAAAGCAUCAACAGACAUUUUUCACACACUGCCUUGCAAUGGUAACACUGUAAGCUUCGUCCCAUUC